CACAUCUAGAUCGUUUGUUGUCUUUCAGAUGGCAAGUGUCACUUGUCAGCUCAGAAUCAAAAGGUUCCUAAUUUCCCAAAGAAAAAACACUGAUCAAAUCAUCAAAAAUUAAGCUUCACUGCACUUGAUUCUUCUGAAUUCUUAGAUCAUACGAAGUUCUGUAUUUAUUGAUUGAUUCUUGAUCAGUGUUAGAUUGAUUUAAUAGUUAACUGAUAAUGUAAAUUUAGAGCUUAUUUUGGGAUCAAUUUCAAUGGGAGACCCACUUAAUAAUUCUGGUUCAAGUGGGAAUUCUGAAGGGAAAGCUCUUGCUGUCAAGAAAAAGGUUUAUAAAAGCAAUUUAGGUGCUUCUGAUCUUAAACCAUUAACUCACAAUGCUUAUAAGCACGUAGCUUCUUUGAGUAAUAGUAGAAAUGGCAGUGCUCUAGUUAGUCAUGCAGCAAUUUUUUUACUAAAAGUUGCUGCUUUAGAGACAGUUAGAAGGGUUUCAAAGUCUAAGUGUCCCCCGCUAUGGCGCGGUAUUCAGGCUGCGCAAUUUCUUUGCUAUCCGCCUUUUAAGUGGAUUCAGAAAUGGGCUCCCUUGAAGGGUCUGAUUAAUGGCGUGCAGAUGUUCUCAAGGCCAUUGUUAUUCCUAUCGAUGGCAACUGCCUUCUCCGAACAAUCUGAAUGUGACAGUGAAACUUCAAACGAAGUUGGUGGUUCUCAGGCACAUUCGGAUUCAGAAACAGAUUCUCAGUCGAUUGCUACAAGUUCUUCUCCUGAUGCAAGGACAAACGAUGGGAAUCCCCAAGGGAUCAUCUCUGAAAAUUGGUUAAUGAAACUCCUCAAAGAGCUAGAGAUUCAAGACAUUACAUUACCAGAAAGAAUAAACGAGGACGAGCUUGACAGAUUUUAUGCUGCUGCAAAUGGAGAUUUUUCUUGCUUGCUAUCAUCAAUUAAGAAGACAAUCCGUUGGAGGGACAAUUACAGGAUUCUAUCAGAAGAAGAGCUUGAAACGUGGUCAAAAAUGGUAUUCUGGCAUGGAUAUGAUGUGGAGAACAGACCUUGUCUUAUUGUACGCCUUGGAUUCGCUUGUCUCAACCUGCCAUCUGAUGAGAGACCACGAUUUGCUCAAGCACUCGUCUCUCAAGUCGAGCAUGGAGUGCUUCAUUUGGUUGACAGGGAUAAUCCUAAGAUUACAGUUCUUGUGGAUUGUGAUGGUAUUUCACCAUUGAGACUUCCCAUGCAAAUGGUAAGAUCUUGUUCAUCGCUUCUGCAGGAUAAUUUCCCUAACCGGCUGGGCCAUUUGCUUGUUAUAAGGCUUCCUCCGGUGGUUAGAGUUAUUGCGCAAACAUUUAUUCAAGUCCUGAAACCUGGAACCCGUAAGAAAUUGAGAAUUGAAGGAAGCAUGUACCACCGGGUCAUAUGCGAAUAUCUCCAGACAAUCCCGUCAUACCUUGGUGGCAGCUGCACUUGCAAGAUGUGCUCAAACAUUGGCAUUCAUACCAUGCAACGAUCACGUGUGAAUGAGAUUCGCAGGGUAGAGUCAUUAGAAUGUCUAACAGAUGGUGGGGACACACCUUCAUCUCGUAUGAGUUUUGAAGACGAUGUUUCUGCAAAUGAGAACUGGGACCAAUUACUGAGAACUGCUGUUAUUGGGAUGCUCAUGGUGUGGGUUUUUAUAGCCCUGAUCGCUGUGAUGUAUGAUCCUGAAACCCGCCCUUUCUAGUCUCUUCAAGUUCUAAUUUGACGGCAAAAAGACCACUUCACCUCCCGCGUUUUUUACACUUCCGUAUGGCACUUAGGUAUGCGCAUCGGAGUCUGCUGGUGUGGUUAUUAAAAGUCUGAAGUUAGAACAUGUAAUUCUCAGUAAUAUUUUUUUACAUUUUAAGUUCAAAUUAUUGUCAAUUUUAUGUGUGUUUUACACGAGUAUAAGCUUUUAAUGAAAUGAUUAGGCAUUCUUUUUA